AUGACAAAGUGGUUUGUUGUUGGUAUAUCAGGUGUUACUGGUAGUGGAAAAACAACUCUUGCAACAUCAUUAAAUAAAACAAUUGAUAAUUCAAUUGUUUUAAAUCAAGAUGAUUAUUUUUUUGAUAAAAAAGAUAAACGUCAUACUUUAAUAUCUGAAUUGAAUCAUGUUAAUUAUGAUAUAAUAUCAAGCAUGGACAUGGAAAAAAUGUACAAUGAUAUUAUAAAAAUAAUUAAAUGUAACAAUGAUGAUGAUGAUAAAACAACUAGAGUAUUAAUUCUUGAUGGUUUUUUGCUAUUUGAUUGUCAAAAAAUAGCUGACAUUUGUAAUUUAAAAUAUUUUUUAAUUUUGGAUAAAGAUGAGUGCAUUAAACGACGAGAAAAAAGAGUUUAUGAUCCACCAGAUGUACCAGGAUAUUUUGAUAUUGCUGUUUGGCCUGGAUAUAUUAAUUACAAACGAAAAAUUCAAGAUAAUAAAUAUUUAAACAAUUUGAUAAAUUACAUUGAUGGUACAACAAACAAGGACACUAUUUAUCAACAAGUACAUCAAAGCAUUAUAAAUAAAAUAUAA